AUGAAGUGUUGCCAUGGCAACAUGACAAACACAAAAAUGGCGUUCCUUCAAUGGAGCUGUCAGGAUGUGGCGAACUGGAUAGACUCACUAGGAUAUCCCCAAUACACGGCAUGCUUUACUGAGAAUUUCAUCACAGGCAGAAAGCUGGUUUACGUAAACUGCCGUUAUUUGCCACGAUUAGGAAUCACUGACUUUGAACAUAUCAAGGCGAUCUCAGCACAUGUCCGUGAGCUGCUAGGUGUCUCAGAGCCAUUGUGGAGUCGCAGUAUUGCAGACCCUCAACGAGAUGAUAUGGGCAUGUUUUUGGAAGUCAAAAGCAGGACUGGGGAAAGUGCUGAUUCCCUUACCUAUGCUCAGUUCCUCAAUUACCAAAAGAAGUAAACAGCAAGAUUACAGUAUAAACAGCUUAUGAAGUUCAAUUAAAAAAAAAAAAACCCUGAAAGACAUUAAAGCUAUUCUUUUCAUUUUAAUUAGCUUUAAAAAUUUGGCCAAGGAGCUUCAUUACAUUUACUGUUUUUCACAACAUGAUCGAUCCCUGGUGUGUGAUUGCAGGGAAUUGGCUAUGGUUUACUGGGCUUCAUAAUUUAAGCAUUCUUUGUCUCAGGUGUUUUACAAUGCUAUUGAAUUGAAAGUUAUUUAAGGUUUAAUUUGGCCUAAUCCUUUUUCAUUAUUUUAGUAGUAUGAAACACAGAUACAUACUGUAGCUUUGGGAAUAAUUGGACAUCAACCAUUAAAAAGAAUAUAAAAAUUCCUUCACCAAUCUCAUAAUGAUUAUUGGUAUCAAAGCCAAUGGCCUGAAACACUAUAUUGGCACUGGAUUGGAUCGGACAUGUUUUCCAAAAUGAUUCAGCGACAUAUUUUAAGGCAUGAGUGUGCAUUAUAUUGACCGUCACAACACACAUCUUGCACAUAAACACAGGACACAACUUGUCUUAAACCACACCAGCCAUGUACAUAUGUUUUGCUCAAUUUGGCAGCAUAAACUGGCAGAGGGACAGCUUGGGUUCUGGGGACAUCAGUGGAACUGGUGUAUCCCUAAUGUUUAUUGUUGCAUGUUUUUAUUUGAGCAAGACAUGUAUAAACACUGAGAAUAUUCGAGUGAUACAUUAAUAAUCCUCUUCAUUUAUUAUUAUUAUUAUUAUUAUUAUUAUUUUUUAAAAAUGUUUUUCUUUUAGGGUGGGGGGAUUGGGGAUCUGAAAUGUAAUAUAGCUUUGCUAGAAAAUUAAUAUAUAAUAUAAUUAAUAAUAUAGCUUUUGUAGAAAAUGUGGAACUCUUGUGGAAUUUCCCAUAUUAAUGUUUUUGUUAUUAAGCAGCAUAAUGCACGGAUUAAGACCUUGAUAGUGACAUUAAUCUGUUCUUAGUGCAGUUGAUUCAGCUGAGUUAAAUAUGCUUAAGUGGCCCCAUUAGUGUUGAGACCUAUAGAGGAUAGAAGACUGAUGACAUGCCCUCCUGUAAAGCUACUAAGCAAUACAGUGAUUAGCUACACUGCCGAGAGCAACAAACAUCUUCCACGCGGAGAUCUCUAGUCUAGUCUGAAGCCACGCACGUCCAGCUGCGGCUUGCGUUGCGCUGUCAUCAUGUCAGAGAGCGGCGGCGCGCGGAGAAGCGAGCGGAUGUGACACCUGCUCCGCCGCUCCAGACUGACACCACCGGAGGCCAUAUUUAGGGCGGGUGAACCAAGAGAUGCUACAAACAUCUGCCCUGGCCUGCUGCGAUGCGAUCCCAGUUCAAGCCCAGUCGCGCUGUGUGUUUGCUGUCGGCGGCCACUGAGCCAUUUUCUCCGCUGAAGCGACGCGUGCAGCCGUAAUGCGGACGCGCACGGAGAGAGAGACACGCGAAGAAGCAUCCGCAAGUGAGGAUUUCACAGAGGCUCCUUGUAGCUGGACGUCUGUUACUCCCGCAGAGAUGGGAUCCCAUUCGUAUUGUUUCAUUUAGUCAUCUCUCCGCUCGCGUAUUUCGGUCAGCGCUAAAGGAGCCGUCCUCAGAGGGACUGGGCGAUCAUGCUGUAACGGGAAGAAGCGGGAUUUGGUGGGAAGAGGGGCGGUGUGCCGCACGAAGCAAGGCUCAUAUCUACACAAGGUAAUUCUUAUAGAAGGCGUUGCACCCUGAUGCUUUCCUUCUCCACGCUGCUGCCAUUGUGCUAACAUGAAAACGCAAAGGAAAGUUGUUUAUUACAUUUUAUUUAUUUGUUUGUUUGUUUGUUUAUUUAUUUAUUUAUGACAGGGAUGGUCGAUUGUCGAAAUAUGAGCUUAUAAAGAAUGCAGCCUGUCCGUCUAUAGUACAUUGCAAGGUCACAGAAUUCCAUACACACCUGAAAUCGAGGAUUGCACUGCAAAAAUCGUUUCCUAUCCGACAAUCAUCGUCUUGUAGCCUAAUUUUAAUGCAUAGACUAUAACCAAUUAUGCAUAGCUUCCAACCUAACCUUGGUGCUGGGAUGGCAAGCUGAGCAUCCUAUUACUUUCUGAAUACACUAUGGCACUGAUCACUUCAUCAUCAAGGCUUGACAUUUUCUGUGUAUAUACUCUUAUUAGGCCUAUUUAUUUCAAUUUGUUAUAGAAAACCUAGAGAUGUAUGUUAUGUAUCUUAUCACACUUCUAACUUGGCAAUGCUAUAACAUUCACUGAUAAUUAAAGCUCUGUGCAUUGUCACAUGCCUCAAAUCAACCUUUUAAACUGUUACCUUAUUAACCAUGAGUGUUUUUUUUCUUUCUUUUUUUUUUUUUAUAAACUAAGGAAGGCUGUGGAAUAAGACCUUGUGUGAGAGACCAUGGAUGUGAGAGAGACAUGCUUUAAAGCUUACUCAGAAAGCUGAGUGCAAGAUAUUACGAUGAUUUCACUUCAGCUCUCCGGUUACAUAGGUCACAAAAGCAGUAAUAUCUCAUUGAAGACCUACCGGAUAAUGGUGGUCAUCUGCAUGUGGGUCAUCCCAAUUUACAGGUCAGAAACUUGAGCAGCAGUGAAGCACUAUGGAAAAUCAAUAUGAACAGAACCACGUCUCUCUCUUGAUGUGGCAUCUGUGCUGAUCCCUUCUCUUUGUCUCCAAAUGAUCUUUGGAGACAUCAUCCUAAUUUCAGGGUGGUAUUACAACAGUGAACCCAGAUGGAGACCCUAUUUGUUUAUCUGAUGGUCAUGAUCAUGGCAGUAAAAGCCCAGAAGAUUCAAAUAUGUCCCAAACGUUGCAUUUGUCAAGUGCUGCCACCCAACUUAGCCACCUUAUGUGACAAAAAGGGGCUGCUUUUUGUUCCCCCAGACAUUGACAGACACACAGUAGAACUGCGACUUGGUGACAAUUUUAUCACAACUGUCAAAAGGAAGGACUUUGCUAACAUGACCAAGCUUGUAGACUUGACACUCUCCAGGAACACAAUAGGCUCUAUCACACCUCAUGCUUUCAAUGAUCUGGAGAACCUGCGUGCCCUGCACUUGGACAGCAACCGCCUGACACGAAUCACAAACGACACCUUUAGCGGCAUGUCCAAGCUCCAUCAUCUCAUUCUGAACAACAACCAGCUCAUGUAUAUUCACAUAGGAGCCUUUAACGACCUCCUGGCCCUUGAAGAGCUUGAUCUCUCCUACAACAAUCUAGAGAGUGCCCCAUGGGUGGCCAUCCAGCACAUGACUAGCCUGCACACCUUAAGUCUGGACCACAACAUGAUAGACUAUAUACCUGAGGGCACAUUUUCAGGCCUCAUGAAGCUCAAACGUUUGGAUGUUACUUCCAACAAGCUUCAGAAGCUUCCACCUGAUCCAGUCUUCCAGCGUGCAGGUGUUCUGGCCACAUCAGGCGUUUUGGGUCCAUCAUCAUUUGCGCUGAGCUUUGGGGGGAACCCAUUACACUGCAACUGCGAGUUGCUGUGGUUGAGGAGACUACGGCGUGAGGAUGACCUGGAGACUUGUGCUGCUCCACAGCACCUCUCGGGACGUUACUUCUGGACGGUGUCUGAAGAGGAGUUCCUGUGUGAGCCUCCCCUCAUCACACGUCAUUCCCAGGAGACCCGGGCAUUGGAAGGCCAACAUGUUACUCUGCGCUGUAAAGCACGGGGUGACCCAGAUCCUGUUAUUCACUGGAUUGCCCCUGACGGUAGACUCGUAUCCAACUCAACCCGAACAGUGGUGCACACUGAUGGGACACUAGAUAUCCUCAUCAGCACAGUGAAAGAUUCUGGAUCAUUCACAUGCGUGGCAUCCAACCCUUCUGGAGAAGCACAGCAGACUGUUCAGCUAUUUAUUAUCAAACUGCCACAUUUCACUAAUGACACAAGCUUAGUACAGGAGCCAGAUCCUGGCUCCUCAGAUAUUGCUACAUCCACCAAAUCAGGUGGAGAUGGUGGCACUGCCAUUAGCAACACCAAAGCUGGGCAGGAAAAACGGGUGCUGAUUUCUGAAAUUACAUCCUCCUCUGCUCUAGUGAAAUUUAACUUACAACGGAAUAUACCAGGGAUUCGGAUGUUCCAAAUCCAAUACAAUGGAACCUAUGAUGACUCGCUAGUCUACAGUGUAAUGGCAUUUUGGAAGCAGCAAACUGUAAUGAUCCCUCCUACCAGUAAAAACAUCCUGGUGAACAACUUGGCAGCUGGGACGUCGUAUGACCUCUGUGUGCUUGCAAUCUAUGAUGACGCAUUGACCACUCUCACAGCUACCCGCGUGGUGGGGUGUGUUCACUUUACAACAGAACCCCAGUACCUCCGGUGCCACUUCAUGCAAUCACAGUUCCUUGGAGGUACCAUUGUAGUCAUCAUUGGAGGUAUCAUUGUGGCCUCAGUCUUGUCUUUCAUCAUCUUCCUUAUUGUACGUUAUCGAGUGUGCAACCAGGAGGGAGAGGACAAGGGAGUAGAGCUGGGAGAAAUUCGUUCUCAGUCCAGGAGCGAGCAGCUGCAGGUCUGUGGAAUCAUCAAGUCCAUGUCCAAGCAAGUUCUGGGUGUGGAGAUGGAUGCGUGUCGGAAGGUUUCUCCACAGCUGGAGUCAGUGGCCACAUUAGGAACGACGUCUGGGCCUGGGCCUCGGCCCUCUAAACCUGCCCUUCCUGACUGCACCGUUACUACCUCUGCUGCCAGUCACAGCUGGCAUCCUGCCUCCCCCAACUCCCAGCGUCCCAUGCAUGCUGCCUCACACAAACCUGCAGGCGUUCAAAAACCAGACACACAGAUCAGUGUAGAACUUGACAAUACCAACAAAAACAACUCAGCCAAGGUGCGUCCCAAAUCUGCCCAAAUACGAGCCUACUCCACCACAGUGAUGCCAGUAUCCAGAAGGGUACAGCUCGAUUCCUCACGCUACAUGACUGUUCCAGUGGGGUGUAUGAGAGUGAGUCGCAGGCAUUCUCUAAAUGUAGACUCCUGUAAGCAGACCAGCUAUGGGAGUCUCCCGCAGCAGACUGGCAGCCUUCGCUCCAAACGCAGUCUGUCCAUGAGUGGUGGAGAUCUUCCCCAGCUGGACGUUUCAGCCAAAAUCCAUGGAAAAAACUCAUUGUCAAGGUCAGAAUGGGUUCUAGAAAGCACACUUUAAUUAGUUGGUGUUUUUUUUUUUUUUUACAACCUUAUCACACUGGUUUUCGGUAGACAUACAGACCAUUUUAUUAUUAUAGGUCAGACUAAAAACUCAAAUCGUUUAAAAGUAUCUGGUUUCUGUCUUGGACAUGGCACUCUAAUAUAGUGGGACAAAAAGGCCACAGAUUGAUCAAUGUUUUUUUUUUCUUUUUCUAAAGAACAAACAAAAUAUAAUUUUCUGCAUAUACUAAAUAAUGCAGUUGACAUGUAUAUUACUUUGUUAUAUGGAGUAAUCCAUACAGUACAUCCUGUAUAAACAUGUUAUGUUGUGUAAAAUAAAAUGUGAAAAGCCCCUUUGUUUUCAUCUGAUAUUUAAACAGCGAAGUUUGGCAAGAUAACUAUUAUGCAAUGUGAUCAAUAGUUAAAAAUAAUAGGCAGUACAUUUAGAGAAUAUAAAUAUUUAUUUGCUAAUAACUCACCCUGUAAUCAAUAUUGUUCCUGAUUACUCUCCAUUAUCAAUAUUGUGAGAUUAGUGUAAUGGUUUCUGCCCAAUAACUGUUCUAAAGCCAUCCAAACACACACAAAAACAGCUUUAAUCCCUGAAUAAUGCUCCAGCAAUGUACACUGUACAGAAAGCAUCAUCUUAUUUAAUAGUAGGCAGCUGCCAGGACUUGUGCUUAUUAACUGCACAAUGAAACUUAGGUAAAUUGGGUAAUUGGGUGUGGAGAGCAGUUUUAGAUUCAUAAUUAACACAAUUACUCUUAAAAUCCACACACAUCAUGCCACACCAGCACAAAUGUUGUUUAACAGCUCAAGCACAAUUUAUAUGCACA